GUAAAGGCCAUAAGAAAUUUAAGUGUUUGUAACAAAAUAUACGAACUCGUUCAAUUCGCAAUAUUUCUUCACAAGAAUUCCACAGUGCUCUAGAGAAAUGGCUGUCUGCUGUGUAGUUGGAUGUGGACGCAAGUAUAAAAGAAACGAUAAAGACAAUAAUCCGAAGUUCUAUUCAAUCCCAAUCGUUAAUCCCUACGACCCAUUAACCCAAUUGAGAAGGAAUGAAUGGCUGAAACGAUUGAAUCUUUCAGAAAGUAGUGUGACACCUAAAAUAAAAGUUUGUUGUGCACAUUUUGAGUCAGGCAAGACAUAUUUUCAGUUUUAAUAGUUAGAUAACAAUCUCUAAAUAUAUUCACUAUUGAUUAACAGGAGGUCCAAGUUAUCACCUGAUGAAAAAGGAUGUCGAUUGGGCUCCUAACAAGAAUCUUGAGCCACAAUCGAAAGGAGAGGCAGUGGCUCAGUGAGCCAAACGCUUCAUUAAAAUCUCUAACCUGCCAAAGCCUGAAAAAAGGAAGAGAGAAACAAGUAUAUUAAAGGUUAUACACAACUUGAAAUAGUUAGCAAACAAUAUUAACAGUUGUAAUUUUAGAUUUGUCAAAUACACCAGCUACCAGCUUAGCUGUGCCAGUUGACACACGCUUGGAAGUUUUGGCAGAUGAUGCACAAGCUGUGGAGACACCAGCCCACUCAGAAGGAACUGAUGGUCAAGAAGUUGAUCUCAUGAAGCAUGCAAUGUUUCAAUGCUGAAGCAAGAAGUCGCAUCCCUUUCAGCUCGUGUAGCUUUUCUGGAAUCACAGAAACGUGACCUCGAAUUGGCCAAUCAAGAUUUAUCUGAACGAUUGGCUGACUUGGAACGAACCUCGGGGCGAACUGAUAUGUGCCACCGUGAGUUGCAAAAAGAUUUUGUUGAGCUGAGAGACAAGCUUUUUAAGGCGUACGAUGAGAAGAACAAUUCUUUUGUUAAGUCAGUUUUGGCGAGCGGAUUCAAAAUGAUGUUUCAUACAAGAUUUUCCAAACUAUCAUUUGAAGCACUCUAUCAAGUUUUACUGCCAAUCGACCGCUACAAUAGCGAAAAGCUUUGCAUGCGCAAACAGCUGCUGUUACCGUUGAUCAAACUGGUUCACGAUUUCCCCCAUCAAGAUUUAGCUUUCCGAUUUGGAAUAAGCCCAGCCACGUCAUCUCUAAUCUUCAGAUCCUGGGUUUCAAUUUUUAACGACCGUUUGUACAAGAGAAUUGUAAGAUCGCCUAACCGUGAUUGCAACAAGGCUACUCUUCCUAUGCUCUACAGAGAACAUUUUUCCGAUCUUACAGAGAUCAUUGAUUGCUACGAAACGCAAGUUCAGAAGCCUCAUUCUUUGAAGGAUCAAGUCGCUUUAUAUUCAUCUUACAAAGGUCGAGACACAGUCAAGGGUCUAGCUGCAGCAACUGGACACGGAGUUCUCACUUUUAUGUCACCCUUAUUCUGUGGCCGAAAGAGUGACAAACAUAUUGUUCUCCAAAGUGGAUAUUUAGACCACAUUCAACGUGGAGACUUGGUCCUUGCAGAUCGUGGUUUUCUCAUCGAGGAGGAAAUGGCCAUUCGAGGCGCGAAGCUCGUAACUCCCGCUUUCAUGAAGAACCAGAAGCAGUUUCAUGCGAAGACAACCGAUGCGACUCGAAGAACCGCUAAUUCGCGCAUUCACAUCGAGCGAUUCAUUGGCUCGUUGCGGAACCGAUUCAAAGUAAUGAAAGGGCCAAUCCCCAUAAAAUAUCUUUACUGCUACGACGAUUCUGGCUUGACUUUGUAUGACAAAAUUGUCCGUGUUUACAGCAUUCUGAACAACCUUUCCCCGAGUAUUGUAUCUUCUGAUUAAUUAUUUUCUAUUCCGCUCCAUGAAUUUCUAACAAGAAGCAAACUUUUCGUAUGAUUGUUCUAUGUUUAUUUGGUACACAGUAGUAAUACAAAACAGUAUCAAAUGAUACUGUAACAAAACAAGUUGAUGCAUUUGGUUCUAGUGAUGAGAUGAUGAUGAGGUGAUGAGACGUUAAUUGAUUGCAGCAAGUGGUUUACGUUUCUUUGACUUUUUGACACACAUAUCACAUCUCCACUUCACAGUAACUCGUUUCCCUUCCAAGUUCAAACAACUACGGUGAAACUUUUUACCGUAG